AUGUUGCAGAGAGCAGCAAGCAAUGCAUAUUCAUGGUGGUGGGCCAGCCACAUCCGUACAAAACAAUCCAAAUGGCUCGAACACAAUCUUCAAGAUAUGGAGGAGAAGGUACAUUACACACUGAAGAUCAUAAACGAAGAUGGAGACACUUUUGCGAUAAGGGCCGAGAUGUACUACCGCAAGAGGCCUGAGAUUGUUAAUUUCGUUGAGGAAGCGUUUCGUUCAUACCGUGCUUUAGCAGAACGCUAUGAUCAUUUGUCCACAGAGCUUCAAAGUGCCAACCACAUGAUCGCUACCGCUUUUCCUGAACAUGUUCCAUUUCCUCUCGACGACGACGAUGAUGAUGAUGAUGAUGACAACCCUGAGAAACCACCUAAGCCUCUUCAUCUCAUUCCCGGUGGAACUAACAUACCAGAGGUCCCUGAGAUUCCCAAGAAAGAGUUCAAGAGCCAAUCUCUGAUGUUGAGAAAAGGACCUGGCGAUAUUAAAAGUUCAGCAUCUUCUUGUGUACUGGUGAGUUCAGGAUUGAGCAAAGAAGAGGCACUAGAGGAGAUUGAUAAAAUCCAUAAGGGGAUCUUGGUGCUUCAGACAGAGAAGGAGUUUGUGAGGAGCUCUUACGAGCAGGCUUACGAAAGGUACUGGAGUUUGGAAGAUGAGGUUACAGAGAUGCAGAAGAGGGUUGUUAGUUUACAAGAUGAGUUUGGAGUUGGCGCAGAGAUCGAAGACGGUGAAGCCAAGACGCUUGUGGCCAGCACGGCUCUUACCUCAUGUAAAGAGACUAUCGCUAAGCUUGAGGAGACGCAGAAGCGGUUUGCCGAAGAUGCAGAAACUGAGAAGGAAAGGAUUGUUUCUGCAACAGAGAGGUUUGAAGCACUGAGGAACAAGUUCGAGAUGGUUAAUAUGGUAACAAACCAAGAGGCUAAGAGAGGUCAAGAAUCUAAAAAGGAAUCAAGAGAGGUUGAGUUGACUGAGAAUCUGAGUAAUGAAGAGUUUGCAGAGAAGAUAGAUGAGCUUGUGGAGAAAGUGGUGUCUCUGGAGACAACAGCUUCAUCUCACACAGCAUUGGUGAAGACAUUGAGAUCAGACACUGAUGAGUUACAUGAACAUAUUCGUUGUGUAGAGGAAGACAAGGCAUGCCUUGUUUCAGAUUCAAUAGAUAUGAAGAAAAGGAUAACAGCGCUUGAAGAUGAGCUGAGUAAAGUUAGAGACCUCUUCCAAAGAGUAGAAGAUCAGAACAAUGAUCUUCAAAAGCAUUUGGUUGAUGCUAAUGGCACAGCUAAACACUUAUCCGGAAAGUUACAGGAAGUCAAAAUGGAAGAAGAUCCUUCUAAGGAUUUAGAUUCAAUCUCAGAAGACACAGAGAUAAAGAGUGAAGAUGAGAUUAAAGAGGCCAUUCAAGAGACUGUGCAAGAAGAGAAAGAAGAGAUAAAAGACUCAGAAACAGAAAGCACUUGUUUUGGCACAGAGGGAGAAGAAGAUGAGGAGAGGAGAAACUGGAGGCAGUUGUUACCUGAAGACGGCGUGGAGGAUAGAGAGAAGGUUCUAUUAGAUGAAUACACUUCGGUGUUAAAGGACUAUAGAGAAGUAAAGAGAAAGUUAAGUGAAGUUGAGAAGAAGAACCGUGACGGCUUCUUUGAGCUAGCAUUGCAGCUGAGAGAGCUCAAGAAUGCUGUUUCUUGCGAAGAUUCUGAGUUUCAUUUCUUACGUCAGAAACCUGCAACGCCUGGAAAGGAUUCUGCACAAAGUAUGAGUGUUUCUCAUAGCUCUAACUCUUCAAUCUCCAUGGCGCCACAUCAUCAGCAAGGAGGAGAGGUGAAGGGAACACCACAAAGAGCAAAGGAAGAGGAGGUUAAGGUGAAGUUUGAAGUUACUGAAGACACUCCAAGAAAUAAGAUUCCAACUGUGGAAGAAAAAGUGCGUGGAGAGAUAGAUGCGGUGCUAGAGGAGAACAUCGAGUUCUGGUUGAGAUUCAGCACAUCUGUUCACCAGAUACAGAAGUACCAAACAGCAGUUCAUGACCUGAAAGCUGAGCUAUCUAAACUCAGUAGUAAUGCAUCAGAGGCAAAGCCUAUAUAUAGACACCUCAGAGAGAUUCGGACAGAGCUGCAGCUUUGGCUAGAGAAUAGUGCAGUCCUUAGAGACGAGCUCGAGGGGAGGUAUGAAACGCUUUGCAAUAUCAAAGACGAAGUUUCAAGGAUGACGUCUCAGUCAGGUGGUGGUACUAAAGUAAACGAUACAGAGAUAAGUGGUUACCAGGCUGCAAAGUUCCAUGGAGAGAUACUCAACAUGAAACAGGAGAACAAAAGGGUUUCUAACGAACUUCAAGGUGGACUUGAGCGUGCACAAACUCUGAGAAUCGACGUGGAGAGAGUUGUCUGCAAACUAGAAGAGGGUCUUGGGAUGUCGAAUGCGGCAGCUACAAGAUCUCUGAGCAAGAAAACUUCAUCAUCAUCAUCAUCAUCGCCUAGAAAGCCUAGGAUUCCACUAAGGUCAUUCUUGUUUGGUGUCAAGUUAAAGAAGUAUAAACAUCAGAAGCAACCUUCAUCAAUCUUCGCUUGUGUAAGUCCAUCUCCAGCACUGAACAAACAGUGUAGCUACCUUGUCCCACCUGAAAAGCUCCCUAUGAGUCCCUAA